UGCAGUCACAUGUGGACAGAGUGAAUCCUCUAACACUGUACACACAAGCGACAGCUAGAGCCGGCUUCAAUGACACAUUGCUUCAGGCGCUGGGUCCAGUUGGUUUCCUGUGGAUGUGAGCCCAGAUAGUGGGUGAUCUCAUUGGUCCAUCAUUGAUCUACAUCACUCUACAGGUAGCCAUGGUGGAUCACCUGCUGUCCAAUAAGAGCCACUUCCUGCCGCUGGGUUACCAUGGCGGUAAGAUGAUGGAGAGCUGCAGUUACCGGAUGUUACCGUCUCCUGUGUCUGAGGAUGAUAGUGACUGCUCCAGUUCCUGCUCCUGCUCCAGCCCUGACUCCUUGGUGCUGAACUCUGGCUCCCGGAGCUCCUCCAGCAGCCACAGUGGAGACAGUAUCAUCGAUUACCUGCUUUCCCAGGCUUCCAUGAGGAGCUUCCCAACUCCGGCUUGGGACCAGAAGGCUGGCCAUCCCGUCAUCAAGGAGGAAGCUGUGGAAUUUCCCAGCUUUGGGGCAGAGGGGGAUGCGUUGCGGCCAUUCCAGCCAACCCUGGAGGAAAUUGAAGAAUUCCUUGAGGAGAACAUGGAGGUGGAUUCAAAGGAUGAACCCAAAAGUGAAGUGACCGAGGGGAUAAGUGAUGAUCCGGGCUCCUCCAUCAUGCUGCAGGGCAAAGUGAUCUCAAUGCAAGCCAAGUCGGAAAUGAAAGAUGUGAGGAAUACUGAACAGGCAUUGACACCUGGCGGAGCCAUCCCUGUCCUUCUUCAGCUGCAGCCUGUGAAGCAGGAGCAGGGCAGUGAGGGUCACCCACACCCUCGAACUGACCUGAAGGUUGCCCAACUCCUUGUCAACAUUCAGGGGCAAACCUUUACCCUGGUGCCUCAGUUUGUGCAGUCCUCCAGUCUGAACUGCUCCCGUCAGUACGUGAGGAUCGCGCCGGUUCCUGUAGCCGCUAAGCCCACGGCUGGAGCUGUGGAAGGCUCCCAGGGCCAAGGUGCCCUCCUCCUGGGCCACAAGUUUCCAAAAGGGACCCCAGCAGAACUUCUGAAAAUGCACAAGUGCACCUUCCCCGGCUGCACCAAGAUGUACACCAAGAGCAGCCAUCUGAAAGCUCAUUUAAGGAGACAUACAGGAGAGAAGCCAUUUGCCUGCACUUGGCCUGGGUGUGGAUGGAGGUUCUCAAGGUCAGAUGAACUCUCCAGACACAGGAGAUCGCACUCUGGAGUCAAGCCGUACCAGUGUGCUAUCUGUGAGAAGAGGUUUGCUCGCAGUGACCACCUUUCCAAACACAUCAAGGUGCACCGCUUUCCCAGAACUGGUCGGACAGCCCGGCCUGUGAACUGAACAUUCAGAACACUGACCCAGCUGUAAGGGCUGCCUGUGGAAACUACAGGUGAAUGGGAGCAGGGGGUGGACAUGGAGCCAGGACAGAGACGCACCGUUCCAUUCAAGCCCAUUGCAGGAUGUCUGCACCUUGACCUCAUUAGGAAUGGCUGGCCUGAAUGUAAUUAACCCUUUGGUGCCAAAGCUGCUGAGAGAUGACAGAUUCAAGAUGGCCAGACCCAACUACCCAAACUUUAACCUCAGGCCACUGUCCCAGCCACACCGUGUGAAUCUCACAUCGAAGGGUGUCCAGCUACUGUGUUCCUUAUUGUCACUUCUCCUGUUACUCUGCGUGGAUGUGUAGGGCGAUUAAAAGCCCUUUGUUCCCUCUGAACCACGGGCGAGACUCCAUUUCACUGCCUGAGCUAUGACUCCUCCAAGUGGCACUUCUCCAUGUAGACUGAAGGUUAUUUACUGGAUACUGAUGGCGACAUGUUGUCUAUGAAAUGUGUAAAUAAGCCAGCAAACGUUCACCCUCUCACAUCAUUUUAAAUGUGUGGCUUAUUUUCCUUUUUAGGAAAGCAAGCAUAUCUCAAAUUUCUCAGACUAUACGAAAAAAAAGUAAGGCAGGAUAGGGAGAGAUUGAUCAGAGAGCUCAAUCACCAAGGCUCCUCAGUUAGGGAUGGGUAUUAAAUGCUGAUCCCAACCAGCGACGCUCACAUGAACAAUAACUCCAAGAUAUAGGUUUUUUUUUGUUUAGGAAUGUAGUCAAAGCCACUCUCUCAGCAAGCCUGAGUAUCUGUGAAAAGGUUUCACUUCCCACUCACCUCAGCAAUUACUUGCUGGCCACAGUGAUCCCGCAGUGAGCCCCAGCUGUCACAGAGAAUGUCUUCCACAAUCUCCACACCGAGGGGCAUAAGGCAUGGAUUCAAGUCUCACUGCAGAAACACAAGCCUGUCUGUUUCAGGGCUGAGGAAGUGCCGCACUGUCGGAGGGUCAGUGCUGAGGGAGUGCCGCACUGACGGGGGGUCAGUGGUGAGGGAGU